AUGGAGGAAGGUGAUGAAGUUUUCCAGUCCCAGCUUCCUGGUACGAGUGGCCAAUGGGAGACAACACAUCAGCUACAGAAGAAAUCAGUCUCCCAGCGUGGCCUGCACUCUGGACUGUGCCCUAGGAGUGUCAGUCGGAGGGGAGAGAGGCGGCACCGUGAGAAACACGUUCCCUGGAAGCUCCACCUUGGGACUGUAUCGGAAGGCAGUGAAGUCUGCCUAACUAAUCCAGACUUUGAACAAUUUCAACUGCAGAAUGCAGUGGUGUUUGAAAGACUUGGUCUGUGCCACGUGCUAGUGAUCUUUCUGCAAACGGCAAAAACUGAGAUCACACGCCGGGAAGCACGGGGGAGCUUUGCAGAAAGAAGUACGAAUAAUAACCAGCUUUCGCGUCCACGCCGUGCGCCAAGAAGACGCUUCAUUCCGCGGCUCGCCUUCUUACGUCCAGCUGUGAUUUAUCUGUUUUCUGUUCUUCCUUUUUUUUUUUUUUUUGGUCAAGCUCUGCUAAUAAUUCCGUCCCGUCCCCCCUUGCUGCAUCUAACAAACAGGGCUUGUGUCCGCCGGGGGUGGAGGGGGCAGAAAAACAGCCCUGCCAGACGAGGCACGGCGCUCAGGCUGUGCCCAGCAAAACUGCCGGCGUGCAGAAACUCCCCGGGCUCGGAGGAACCAUCUGCCUUUUUAAGCCGCCCAGUCCCCAGCGCCGCACCUCGCCCGCAGCAGCGCUGCCCCCCCGCCGCCGCCGCCGCCAAAUCACGUCGCCUCUCACGGCGAGCGCGGCCGGGGCGAAGCUCGCAGCCGCCGGCCCCGGGGGGCCAGGGCAGACCCGGCCUGAGCUGCAAAUGCAAAGGGACAUUGCAUCAUAUCGCAUCACAUCACGUCAUAUCGUAUCUCCCAUCCUAUCAUGUCAUCAGAGUAUUGAAUAAAAUUCCUAUGUGCAUUUACGUAUACGCGUUGAUAUGCCGCACCAUUUGUUUUCUUUUAAGCGUGAACGGGCUGAAACGUAAAUGCGGGACGAAUAUUUCAGAUCUGAUCAAAUUUAAUUAG